AUGGAGGAAGAGAGGCGAGCACUUCUCAGCUUUAAACAAGAUCUCAGUGAUCCUUCUGGUAAGCUUUCUUCUUGGGCUGGUCACGAAUGCUGUCAAUGGACAGGGAUUUCAUGCAACAACCGCACUGGUCAUGUUGCAACGGUUGACCUCCGUAAUACAUAUCCAGACACCACAGGUUAUGAUCAGUGGAACACCACGGACUAUGAAGAAUCUUGUUUGGGGGGUGUGAGCCUUAGCAGCACAGGAGUUAGUUGGCUACAUGAGGUUAACAUGCUUCCUUCACUCUUAGAGUUGCAUUUGUCUGGUUGCCUAACUGAUGGAAACCAGCUUCCACUCUCCAUGCCUACAAUUAACUUCACAUCACUUUUGGUCCUUGAUAUGUCAUUGAAUAGUAUUAAUUUUUCAUAUCCUAAAUGGAUGUUUAAUCUUACUAGCCUUACAAAGGUUGAUCUGAGUGGGAAUUCUUUCAGUGGCCCCUUUCUUGAUGAAUUUGUAAGACUCAAAUCUCUAGAACACCUUGACUUACAGAAUGUAGGACUCAAAGGUCAAUUUCCCAAAUUUAGUGGAAAUUUGUGCAGGCUCAAGUCAUUAAGUCUUGCAUCGAAUCAAAUUGAUGGGGGGAUUGAAGAGUUUUCGAGUGGUUUCUCAAAUUGUUCAUUUAAUAGAAUGGAGUCACUAGAUUUGCAUUUCUGUGGGUUGGUAGGCAAAUUGCCGAGUUCGUUGGGAAUGCUAAGAAGCCUACAGUAUCUCGAUCUCAACUUCAACUCUUUUUGGGGAUCCAUUCUAGAAUUUAUUAUCAGCAAUUUAUCAUCAUCCCUGAAGACACUUGAUCUCAGGAAUAAUAUUUUCAACGGUUCCAUUCCUCAAAGUUUGGGAAAACUUUCUCAGCUAGUGAGCCUUUAUCUAUCUUAUAAUUCAUGGGAAGGCAAUUUAACCGAAGCCCAUUUCAUAAAUCUCACAAAAUUAGAGUCUUUUGCAGUUAGCACAGCCCAACCUGUGCCCAUCAUUUUCAAUUUGAUUGAUUAUGAAUGGAUUCCUCCUUUCAAGCUCCACCGCAGUGAAAUGCACAACUGCCGAGUAGGCCCUGGCUUCCCUGUAUGGCUUCAAUCUCAAACUGAGCUCGUGUGGGUCUCACGUAAGAAUGCUGGACUCUCGGGUGAAAUACCAGAGGAAUGGUUCUUUAAGAUAUCUUCCCAGAUCCAUGGGUUGGAUUUAUCUUCCAAUCAAAUAAACGGAAAGCUUCCGUUCCGAUUCAACUCUUUUCCGAAUCUGGGUUCCAUAGUUUUGAGCCAUAAUCAAUUUGAUGGCACUAUUCCAUCAUCUAUUUGUAGCAUUCAAUCUCUAUCUGACCUUGCUCUGAAUAACAAUCAGUUAUCCGGAGAAUUCCCUAAAGAAUGGAGUUUGUGGAGCAGCAUAAUCACUGUGGAUGUCUCAAACAACAAUAUGUCUGGUAAUAUUCCAAGCUCAAUGGGCAUUCCAAGUUCUCUUGGAAUACUAAAGACAGACAACAAUCAUUUUAGCGGAGAAAUUCCUUCUGCCUUGCAAAAUUGCUCAUUUUUGGAGAGACUUUAUCUUGGAGGCAACAAAUUUACUGGAAGCAUACCUUCUUGGAUAGGAUCAAAAGUAUCCACAUUCACAGUGCUGCAAUUGCAAUCAAACUCUUUAAGUGGACAUAUUCCUCAUCAUUUGUGCAGUCUUCCUUUCCUUCAGAUCCUAGACCUUAGUCACAAUAGAUUUUCAGGGAUUAUUCCCAACUGUUUGAAUAAAUUGACUUCUUUAAUCUCUAGUAGUUAUGCGGGCUGGGGUGUCUUUGCUGAUUUUGAGGUAACAACUGUGACUGUAAAAGGAACAGCAAGUGAAUACUUAGAGAACAAUGCGAGGCUUCUAACCAUUAUUGAUUUUUCGCAUAGUGAUUUAGAAGGUGAAAUUCCAGAAGAAAUCAGCAGUCUCGUUCGAUUAGCUACAUUAAACUUGUCCAUUAAUCAAUUAAGAGGAAACAUCCCCUCUAAAGUUGGAAACUUGCACUUGCUUGAAACACUUGACCUCUCCCAGAACCAGCUUUAA